AUGCUGCUAUGCCAAGGAUUUCAACAGAAAUCGAUGGACUUGUGUCUGUACAUAUGCUGGAGCCCGUUGAUCACUCAGAAUGGGCAGCACCCAUUUUCAGAAGAAAAAUGGAUCGAUCCGCCUCUGCGCAGACUACUCCACCGGAGCGAUGCACUGGAACAAAACCAGUAUCCGCUUCCAACCCCAGAGGACACUUUCACGAAACUCAACGGAGGACGCUACUUUUCACAGCUCGACGUAGCCGAAGCAUAUCUCCAAUUGGAAGUGGGCGACGUCUCAAAACAGCUGCUCACUAUCCACACACACCGUGGACUGUAUCGCUUCAACCGACUACCAUUUGGAGUGAAACCAGCUCCUGGUAUAUUCCAACAAUGUAUGGAUGCUCUUAUCGCUGGAUUAGAUGGAACUGCUGCCUAUCUCGACGACAUAUUGGUUAUUGGUAGAACCAUCGGCGAACACAAUGCCCGACUAGAGGCCGUACUCAAGCGGAUUCAAAUGUGCUUUCAUGCAGACGGCGAUCACCUACCUUGGGUUCGUCAUCAACGCACAAGGACGAAGCCAGGUCCUGAGAAGAUCAAAGCUAUCCAGAAGAUGCCCGCUCCGAAGGACGUCAGUCAACUUCGCUCUUUUCUGGGACUCAUCAAUUUCUACGGAAACUUCGUCAAGGAUCUCCACAAUCUACGCGCUCUUUUGGAUACUCUUACGAUAAUGGAUGUUGUCUACACAUGGAUACAGGAGUGCCAGUCUUCUUUCGACAAGAUUAAAGCAAUCCUAAGCUCGGAUCUCCUGUUGACCCACUUUGACCUAAGUCUCCCGAUCAUCGUUGCCGCUGAUGCUUCAAAUUACAGAAUGGGAGCAACCCUUUCACAUCGCUUCGCAGAUGGAUGCGAGAACAUCAUUAAUUACGCAAGCUGUUGCCUGACACAACCACAGAAGAACUACAGCCAGAUAGAAAAGGAAGCACUCGCUCUUAUUUUCGCCGUUUCGCAGAAGUUCCAUCGUUUCAUCCAUGGACGACAUUUCACACUGAGCACUGACCAAAAACCACUUUUGGCAAUCUUCGGAAGGAAGAAAGGAAUUCCGGUCUACAGUGCCAACCGUCUUCAAUGA